GUUUAUAAGCGGCGACGUCCGGCGGAAAGGGAGCGAUAGCGGCUGGCGAAACGAGUCCAUUUUCGUUAUCGCCUUAAUUGCUCUAUGUUACUCUUAAUUUACGUGAAUCUGAACGAACACCGGAGCACUCGCGCGGCUUUGUGAAGCGUGGAAACUUCAGCGUCCGACCGUACUAAUCCUACGUCGAAGGCCCGCUAACUUUGUGGGUUUUUUUUAGAGCUGAACCGAAAGUUUUGACUAGUCAUGUCACUCUACAGCUUUGCGACAUCGAGCUGUGUGAGCAUGAGCGAAGAUCCUCAAGCAGAAAUCCUCAAACAAUAUGUGAAGGACCUCAGUGCAAGUGGCUACAAUUGGGUCGGCUACGUCGAAUCGGAUGAAGUUUUGAAGGAGCUUGAGAAAAGUCUGGCUGCUAUGCGGGUCCAGUUUUCGACCACGACUUCGCGCAGUCACAAAUCUGGAACGUCAACACCCAUGUUCCAUUCUAAGCGUGGCUCUGUGCACGUGUCCCUCAACAUGCCCUUUCAAGUGCUGCACCAGGCUCACAAGAAUUGCAUCUUUGGGACCGGACGGCGCAUGAAAGUUCCCAGCGAAAAUUACCCCAGCAGCCCUCUUCAAGAAUCCACAAUGGUAACCCGGCGUACAAGAAAGACAGGAUGUGUGGCAGCAAUGUCGCUGAAGUGGGUCAAGAUCUACCCAGAUUUUCAGGUCGACAUACCACCAGGUACAGGAAUCAACAAAAGUCAAGAGAAGCGAGCUGAAGCUAUCAGGAAACUGGAGGCACAUCAGCGCCACGACGCCAAGACCGUACGACACAAACUCCGCAUUUACAUUUGCAUCUCUGCGAUGAGUGUUCACUUGGGACAUGAUUUCAAGGGCACAAUGGUACUGAAGCAGCCUCUGGACAAGAAAGUGUCUCUCAAGAUAAGGAGUCUGGUAGAGGAGGGCAUCACCUCAGUGCGGGAGGUAAAGGAGCAGUUACGCCAGUACGUCCACGAAGUUCUCUUCCGUGGACAAGAGGUGCCUGACAAGACCUGCCGUGCCUUCUUCCCAAAGAAUGAGAUCAUUUGCAACCAUGUGCAAGCAGCACUUAGGAAGCACAGGCUCAGCUCUGCUGAUCUGGAUGGCUGCAAGGCUCUCCUCGAAAAGUGGAAGACACAGGACCCAGAAAGCAGGCUCUUCUUCCGUUCCCAGCGAGGCAUCGGUCAGGCAGACGAGCAUGGAGGAAGUGGAAAGCAGCCGGAAGCAUCCACAGUGCAGCAACGGCCUGAGCCACAGCUGCUUUUUUGCUACCAGAGCAAGUUCAUGUGGAACAUCAUGAGUAAGCAUGGGGACGGUGCCAUGCGGCUCGACGUGGCCAACAAGUCCAACGAAUCGUUCCUUCCCGUCUUCUUCGUAAGCGUUGCGGCACCCCACGAGUAUGUAACGGUUGGGGUGUUUGUUGUGGAGACUGAAGCUGUAGACUGUGUCGUUGAAGCCCUCCAAAUGCUCCGUAGCUGGUGCCCGUCAUUCGAGCCGGGACACUGUACCACCAAUCACCGAUCUGUGAGCAUAAGUGCCCUUUGCACCGUUUUCCCCCAGAGCAAGGUGGUGAUAUGUCCUGGCUCCCGGGAACAGUCCUGGGCUUGGUGGAUGCGCAGUUUUAAGGACGAAGUCUGGGAUCGAAAGCUGGUCAUUACUCUGUUGAGGGACAUUGCAGACUCGACUUCAGAGCAGGAGCUAGAGGAAGCGCUGGACAACCUCAGGUCUUCGGAAGCAUGGGAGAGCGAGCAGUUUCAGAUGUACGUCGAGACCGAGUGGCUACACAUAAAAGAAAUGUGGGUCAAGCUGUACAGCUCGGACAGUAGCCCCAGACCAGACGAAGGCAAGGAGCGGGAGAACAAGCUGCUAAAGGAAUUCCGUAGUGUCCCGUGCAGGAAGACACUUACAGCACUGGUUUCCACUUUGGUCGAAAGCCUCCUUCCAGCCCAGCAGCAGGAACUUGAGAAGGAGCACGGUGGCUCGCCUCUCGUGUCCGACGGCGCCAAGAAAUUUACAGUACCCGAUUACCUGCAGGGUCGUCCUCCAGCUUUCGUCUCUCAUGUACUCAGUCGACUGACAGCUGCGAUGGGGUACACCAAGGAGGACAUUGUACCACUUUCGUCAGAUGGAUGCUUCUAUGUGCGGUCACUGGGCUCCACAGACUGGUACACCCUUGACUUCGGUAUCCCUAGUUGCUCCUGCACUGACUUUGUGCAGUCAAGGCUUCCCUGCGAACACUUCUGCGCCGUUUUCGCGCUCGUAGACGGUUGGUCGCUUGACGACCUACCAAAGAGAUACCUUGAGGAACGGUGCAUAUUGCUUCGUGGUGCUAACCUCUCGGAAGUCGACGAGGGCCACUCAGGUCCCCCAUUGGAAACCGAUGAUGACCGGCUAUCCUCCGAGGUCUCGGUAACGCCCUCAGCAAACGAAAUUGAUAUGUGUGCCGAGAACGACAUUUUUGGCAGUACACUGGCGCUCCCAACUGCUACGGUUGAUGUCUUGAACAUCCCACUGUGCCCCACAGCUCCAACGCUGGAAAGAAUGCGCCAGGAGCUUCGUGGACUCCUAGGGCGAUGCGGUGACUUACUUCCAUGCUGUUCUAACCUGCAAGCCUUAGGAAGUGCCAAGGAGCAUCUGGAAGAAGUCUGCAACAUGCUUUCUGGAUCUGUGCCACCGAGUGCUUUGGAAUGCUCGAGGAACAGCCAGCAGGACAAUGAUCCAAACUUAGCUACUUCUUAAAAAGCAGGUAUUAGCCAAAUAGGCCACAAGGCAAGCGUUUUCCAAUGUAGAAAAUAAAUUUCGGUAUGUGCUACUUCCCACACACCAGAGUGGAGAACAAAAAUCAAGAUUUAGAUCGGA